AAUUCAUGAGUUAAUGAAGUGGCGUUUGGCGAACUCAGAAAAAAAUCUGAAAUAAAACAGACUACCUACUGCGCAUGUCCGGCCAUGUUCAAGGUGGUGGGUUUUUCUGUCAUGCCGACGCGGGCCUUCUGAUUGUAUCGUCCCCGACCUCCAGACAUUAAGGUGCUAUGGUGACUGUUGCCCUGCCAAUGUUUGGAGGGAAAGAAAGAGGAAACGAGUACGGGCCAAAAGACAACCAGAAGCAACCAAUGUGGGAAAACGGGGCUGACAACGGAAAUCUCAAAGAGAAAAGGAAACGUGAUCUGUGAAGACGGUGAAAAGAAAAGUUCUGAACUCAAGGAUUGCCACAGUGCGAGUUGAAAAUGAAUCUGCUUUGCUGGGGUAGCGGGGAGCUCGGCCAGACUGGACGUGGCAGACGAAAGGACAUUGAUACUGCCGAGGCUCACAUGAGAGAGUUCACACCAGUUGGGCUGAGAAGGGUGAAGUUGAUGGCUUGUGGAUCUAGCCACUCCAUUGGGAUUACAGAGGACAACAAGAUCUUUGCUUGGGGAAAUGGCACAAGUGGACAACUGGGUGAUGGAGAGAGGUCGAUGAAAGACCAGCCAGUUGAGGUCCAGCUGCCGCAGACGCCGAAUGUUACAGAAAAGGACGUCAACAUAGCUGGUGUCGCUUGUGGAAGCAGACACUCCUUCAUCUGGACUGAAAGUGGGCGGGGCUACAGUUUUGGAAACAACUUUUAUGCACAACUUGGCUAUGACUUCCAGAGGGCUGACUUCAAGGAGCACCAGCUAGCACCACGAUUGUUCCAGAGUCUUCCAUCAUCCCUGAAAAUAUCUCAAGUGGCCUGUGGAGAGCGACACACUCUGUUUGCGCUUGAGGACGGCAGCGUGGCGGCAUGUGGGCAGAAUGAUUAUGGACAAAUUGGCAGUGGCUCUAAUGCAAACGCGGUCAUCCCUCACUUUGUGGAAGGCGUGGGCCAUGUUUUGAAGGUCACCUGUGGGGCAAACCACAACCUUGCUCUGACAGGUACGGUAAUACAUGGUGACGGAAGGCUGUUUCAGUGGGGCUGUGGACGAGCAUGUGGGAACACAAAGAGGAACAUCUUGUUGCCGGAGGAAGUGGCUCUACCAAGCUCGCCAGUGAGAGGCAUUGCUGGAGGAUGUUGGCACAGCCUGCUUUUAACAGAUGGUGGGAAUGUCUUCUCCUGGGGGAUGGGGCAAGAGGGACAGCUUGGACUCGGAGAGGACAGGAUUCAUAUCUCGACUCCUUGUCUUCUCAGCUAUUCUCAGCUAACUGAGGUGGCACAGAUACAAGCCGGAGACAGCUACAGUGCUGCCAUCACAGCAGGCGGAGAGCUGCUUCUGUGGGGUCAGAUCCCCUGUGUGUCCCGGGUCAGUGAUCAUACAGGCCUCAAAAGGAUCUGGACCCCCCAGCCUGUUCCACUGGCAGGAGGAAAGGUGUGCGGUGUGGCCUGUGGAACCUGGCAUAUGAUGGCCCUCACUGCAUGGAGUCUCGAGUAUAAUGGAGAAUGUCCUCACCCAGAUACUGAAGCUUGCUUCAGAGACCUUGCCUACAACCCUGUACCGACCGAGCACACAGAGAAAGAAAACACAGAGCACGACUCUAGGCAGGUUCAACACAAGCUGUUUCAAGGUCUGACGAGACCUGAGGGCUCUGAGGAGCAGGGGAAAUAUGACGAAAGUGAGAGUCCAGAAGACAGACAUGAAGACAAUCCAAGCAAAGAUGGGGUAGAUGGAGCGUUACAUGAUUCAGCAUUUGCCAUAACCAGGUCUACACUUGAGAUGGACAGAGGAGGAAAUGGCCACUCAUCAAUCAAGUUCGACAAGGGGGCUGAGGGGGAGAGUUUCAGGACAGCGGGGCCGUGGGAGCUGAGGAAAGGACCACGCAGAAGAGGAAGCACAGAUGUAGUCUUCACCACCUUGCAUCUUUUACCGAGAUCAGAAGGAGAGCAAUGCAAGGCGACUGCUGGCGUCUUGCCCCGACUUCAGACAGGACAACAAGCUCAUAGCAGAGUUUCAUCUGGGGCUCAAAAGGGGAGAUCUGUACAUCUGACUGAUCUGGUCCAGAAGUCUAGGAGUGACAGCAGUCCUAGGAUAAUACCCAAACCCAGACCUCCUGGAAGAAGUCCAGGUCAUGCAGAUGAGAUGUUGGUUUCUUGUCAUUAUUCAGGAAAUGGAACUCACUCUGACAACAACCCAGUUCACAAAUCUUAUCCUCGUCUGAGCCCUGGACAUCUAGUUGAGAAAUCCUCUCCUUCCUUUCACUCGGAACCACAGCGAAAAACCUCUCUUUGUCCAACUCCUUCCACUUCUGAACCUCUCAGGCACUGUCCUACACACAGGAGAGACGUUUCAUCCUCUGGCAAAUCUCGGAAGAAUCUGUAAGAGUCCACAGAUCCAGUUUUGUACUGCAUAGGAGCAAGAAAAUCUGUCAGAUGAUUUUAUUUGAAAACAUGUAUUUUAUAACCUUUAAUGACAAGCUAUGUAAGCUGUUUGGAAUCAAAGUAUAUUCAACAUAUAAACACAAAGAUAUCACACAGCAGAGCCAUAAGGUUAUCAGUCCCCAGAAUUACUUUCUGCGUUGUGAGCAAGUCCACUCUGUUCAAAACUACAUAGUAUUUUAUGGACAACACAUAAUAAUGUUAAUAUUAACAAUAACUUUAUUUACAUAGCACUUUUCAAAAACAAAGCAACAAAGUGCUCUAAAUGCAUAAAAUAUACCAAAGCAGAUGAAAACACUGUUAUAAGAGACAAAGUGUUGAGAAAUUACAUCAAUUGAGAGACGCAAUUAUUGCAGGGGCAAUUCCAACGUACCAAAGUAAACAAGUGAAUACCAAAAUACAGCAAAGAUAAAAGCUUUGGAUUUAAGAGAUGAAAGCAGCUUUAUACAAGUGUGUUUUGAGGAGUGAUUUAAAGUGGGGCAUGCAUUCAACAUGCAAAGCUAAAUAGUUUGGCUUCAAGGUGACUGACAAACAGCCUCUUUUGCUCUCUAAGAGCUCUCCAAAACAGGCUCCAAAACAACAUUAAUGGACUCCACUUUACCCCACACUGAGAUUUGGCAAAUAUGUUCCUCUCUCAAACCAGCUCAGUCAAUGACACUCAUGAACCCUGACCUCAUCUGAGAGCAUUAGACUUUGGUCUUGCGGCCAAAGCCGCCUGUAGAAGCCGCAGUUAUCAAAUCACCGCAUUUCAACAUAACUUGAGAGGGCAGAGUUUUUCUUUUUAACUGUAUCUUACUACUGAGCUGCAUUCAUCUUAAUACUUACAGUAUGUUGUUUAUUAAAGACAUAAAGCCCUCUCAGAUCUUGGCCACUUGUAAGACAUUUCACGGUGCAGUGUUUUCAUGGCUGCCCUUCUCUGCAGUAUGAGUCACUUGUGCUGGCUAAACUGGCUCAGUUCGACUGUGAGGAAACUGAGUUGUUCCAGAGAUAAUACAGCAUUAUAGGAUUUCUGUCUUUUUCUGUUUGUUCUUUUUGUUUUUUUAAAGGUAGUAUCUUCAUUAUACUUGAAAUAUAUAGAAACUGAUUAUUUACCACAGUGCAGACCACAACCACAUGGUCAUUCCUCUAAUCAGGAUUACAUCAAUUUUUCCCUAACUAUCUACAUUUAAUAAUGAGAACCUUUGUCUGCUCUUUGACAAAGUUGGCACAGUGUCACAUGCCCUUCAUUCAAAUCCAAAUAAUCAGAAAGAUUAGUUUCCGUUUGGAAAAAUUCACAGGAAGGCUCCUUCAAGUCGGAACAACAACUCGGAAAGUAUGAGAAACUUUUGGUACCUAACUUGCACACUCAGAAUUUGUUUUAAACUUUUUCUUGCAGUUACAUUUCUUAAUAUCACUGGAAAUAUAAUAAAGAAAUAUAUUUUAUCACUGGAGGUGCGUAUAUACAUUUAUUGUCUAAAGUAUGAACUUUCAAAAUAUUUGACUACCUUUAGGUUUGAGUAAUAUUAAAACACAGAUACACUGUUAACUGUUUUUCUUAAUGGCAACCAUUGAACAUCAAAGCCAGUUAUUUUCAUUCAUUUGAUUAUCAGUCAUUUCAUGAACCCAAACAAAUGUUCUUCAAACAAUAAAAGUGCCUUUCAACACCUCUUAUGUUUGCUUUUGCGAGUGUUAAAACACAACAUUGACUCUAUACAGCCACGCAGCACUGAUGGCAUUGAGACAUUCGCCCUCAACCCACCCCGCUGUCUCCCACACUCCCUAUGGUUUGUUUUGGUGUGUGUGAGUAAGUGUUGGUUGUGUGUAUCACGUCUUUGCCCUGCGAGACUUCUGCCAAUCGAUUCAAGGUGAGACCUGUCGAUUAAACACCCUGAGCCGUGCUCUCUACCUAACCCCAGGGUGAUUCAAUCCCACCCCUUACACACACAUACACACACCUAUACACAAAUACACACACACUAACACACCCACUUCACCUGUCAUCCAUCAAUACCUCCAUCAGGGCCUCUAUUGAUCCCCCUCCAUCCAGCCUCUUCACCCCAUGCAGUUCAACAUCAGGGCCAAGACGACGUCCAUGCAGGUUUAAUUUCUGACAGAUUUACAAUAAAGCUCAAGUUAUUAUUUAACUCUUCCGGCCGCAGUGCGCUCUUUGAUUUAGCACCCUGGGAGAGGGAUGAGUUACAGCUGACACAGAGAAUCUGCCGGGGCUGGAAUGGUAGGCACCCGGUUCAUAACUCAGCCGCCGAAUGUGUAGUUAGUCAAUCACUUGAUCUGUAAUCACAAAUGCUGCCAGAAAUUACAU